AGUUAUACUUAUUUAGUUUUGGCAAAAUUACAAUCAUUGACUCGUAUGUUGUAAAUAUUGACAAAAACUUAAAUUACUUUGCUGCAUUGACAGAUUUGACACUAAAUUGUACUCCAAUUUUAAUAAUUUUUACUGGGGAGUAUUACGGAACAAAAUAUACUCCUAGUAUAAUUGUACGAGAUUUAUUUUGGAUUAAGUGUAUAUACUGGAAGUAGUGUUUCAUAAUUUUUUUUUAUUUUUUUUUAUUUUUAUUUUUAAAUUGAUGAAAGAUAUUUGCAAAGCAAUACAUCUUAACUGGCAACUUGGCGUGACACAUAAUUAUUGUAGGAUACUACAAAAGUACCAAUGCCUAAAUGACUUCACAUAAUGGAGUUAAUGACAAUUGGGGUUGUUAAUUGUUAUUGAUACAUCAAUGAUUCAAUGGGGUUGCUAAUUAUGCUUAAUGUUUCAAUGGAGUUGUUCAUAAUUCCGCAAGCUCAUAUGAGUCAUAUACAAUUAACCAAUACUCUACUAUCCUAAAGUAAUCACCGGUAUUAUCCUCUAAUACACAUGUCACUCUCUCAACAAAAAAUUUCCUGCCCAAAGUUUGUUAUUUAUCUAUUUAUUUAUUUUACAUUUUUUUUGUUAUCGUCUAAAUAAGUUUGUUACAAUAUGAGUGGAUAUUGCUUUAUAUUGGUAAUUAUCUCUUGAAUAAUUAAGAAAAUAAAACACUUUUGAUAUUAAAAAAAAGCCUUGUUACUACUCUCUCCGUCCCUUAUAAGCUAAAAUGAAUAUUUUAUAUAGUUACUAUCACCAUAUAUACAUCAUCCAUGUCGAUAUAUAUGAUUACCUUUUUUUUGGUGUUUAGAGAGCCACAAGGGCGGGGGUGAGAAUCGAUCCCAAGAUCUCCUGGAAUCGGGAGGAAAGCUCUAACCACUUGAGCUAUCCCUCACUCUCAUAUAUAUGAUUACCUAAGGCAACGUAUGUAGUAAAUUUUAAAAUCAGGCAAUUUUUUUUUUCAAGUUAGUUUGUUGUUUGUAUGACAUAAACAUUAAACCUUAUGAGGUAACUUAAUGCGCAAUAAUGGGAGAGUUUGUUCAGAAUUACUUCGUAUUAUAAAAGUACAUACAAAAUGAUAUGUUUUUCUCCAUAUAGAACUCCUUUCUUCUUCCUUUUGCUUUAUCCCUUUCUUUUCUAUCAAUCCUGCUACUCGUACAUUAUUAAAGCAUUUCAUUCAGAUACCAUCCCUCGAUACUUUACCAGCUAAGUUAGCUAACAUCCGCGUUCUAAUUUCUUUCAUGAAUACGAACCAUUAUAGUUUAUCAUACUAGCAACUAACUGCACCAUUCAUACGGAGUAUAUGUGGCUAGUAUUAUACCCCACAUAAAUGUUUUUAUUUAUUUAUUUAUUUUUAUAUACAUACAUAGGAAAGAUUUUUAAUGAAUUUUGUCAAAUUAAUUUUUUUUUCCUCCGCAAAUAAUUAAUAAAUUGUUAGCUAAUUCUUCCAAGAUUUUAGGAGGUGAUAUAUAUAGUGAUUAUCCGCUAAUUAAUUCUACAAUUAGCAUGCUGAUCUUGUAAUUAAUAAUCCUAGCACAUAGGAUAUUAUCACUUCAUCAUAUCAUGCGUGUAAAAUAUUAGAAAUUUAGAUUUAGAUUUUUUUUUAUUUUUUUAUUUUUUUUUAUAGGUCUAUAUAUUAUAAUAUAGAUUAUUUUCAUUUUCAUUUUUAUGCAUAUCACAUAGCAAAAAAUGGGAAAGUGUUUCAAAGAUAGUUUGUUACUCUUGAUUGUUAUGGUUUUGGGAUGUUGUAAGGUAAGCUUUUCUCAGAAAGAUGCAACAGAUUUGUAUGUAUCAGCCGUAGGCGAUCCAGGGAUGCGACGAGAUGGGUUAAGGGUGGCAAUUGAAUCAUGGAACCAAUGCAAUGAAGUUGGUGAAGAAACUCCAAACUUUGGGAGUCCAAGAGCUGCUGAUUGUUUUGAUCUUAUUGAAGAUGCAGGAAAGAAAGAUUGUUACUCAAUACAACACAAAGUCACUGAGCAGGACAACCUAUUAGGAGUAGGGAAUCCGAUCCCAGGAGGGAACUCGAAAUUCUUCAACAAUGUAGACCUGUAUGCAGCAGAAAAAGAAGUGUAUUUAGGCUCAAGAUGUAAAGUAGAAGACAAGCCAAACCCAUGGCACUUCUGGAUGAUCAUGUUGAAAAAUGGGAACAUGGAUACUUACGCCGCCUUAUGCCCUAAGGAUGGCAAAAAAGUUGGCCCUUAUGGACCUGAUGGUCGCUUUGAUUGUUUUGGAAAGGGGUGUAUGAACCACCCUACAAUGUAUCAUAACUACACAAAAUUAGUAGGAACUACCCUAAUAGGGCGAUUUUUUGGAACGUGGGAUGUGGAUAUUGCUACGAGCAAGAGAGGAAGUAUUGAUCAAGCAAAGAAUAUUUCUUUCUAUUCUGUUACCUGGGAAAAAGAAAUUGGGAAAGACAGUUGGGUUUUUCGACAUGUUCUUAAGACCUCGACGAGGUUUCCUUGGUUGAUGCUUUACUUGAGAUCAGAUGCUAUCCAAGGGUUUUCAGGUGGUUACCAUUAUAAUUCUAGAGGAAUGAUAAAAACUAAAUAUCUAGAAUCUCCAAACUUCACAGUAAGAUUCACGUUGAAUGUAACUAGAGGAAGGGGUUCAAAAACCCAAUUCUAUCUAAUGGAUAUGGGAAGCUGUUGGAAGAACAAUGGGAAGCCGUGUGAUGGAGAUGUUACAUCAGAUGUCACGCGAUACAGUGAGAUGAUCAUCACCCCUGAGACAGAGCCGUGGUGCAAGCCUGAUAGGCUGGAGCUUUGCCCACCCUAUCACACCUUCCUUAAUGGUACUCGUGUCCAUCGUAAUGACACUAAAAACUUCCCUUACGACGCUUACCACAUGCACUGUUCUCCAGGGAAUGCUAAACAUUUAGAAGAGCCUAGUAACAAGUGUGAUCCUUUCAGUAACCCGCAACCUCAAGAAAUUUUGCAGAUUUUGCCUCACCCUGUGUGGGGUGAAUACGGUUAUCCUACACAGAAAGGGGAAGGUUGGAUUGGUGACCCUAAGACUUGGUGGCUUGACGUGGGAAAAAUGUCGCAAAAUUUAUACUUUUACCAGGAUCCAGGAACACGACCAAUCAAGCGGCGAUGGACUUCCAUAGACUUGGGAGUGGAAGUAUACAGAGACCCUGAUCAAGUUAUAGAAUGGACUGUGAGUGACUUUAACAUCCUAGUACCACAGGGGUCAGUUCUUCAAACCUAAAUGACUAAGAAGUCUAAGGUUUAGCUAAGACGAGGGAUUGAGAUUACAGAUACAUCUAUCGGGCACAUUGGCUUCAAAGGGGUUCUUCUACUGACAUUCUGGAAGUAAGGAGACGUUGGGAUAUCUGAAGGCGAUAAUUGAAAACUCUGAUAACUGUUAUGUAUUUGUAUUUUUCUCGUCACAAACAGAUAGAUUCAUAGAUCCGUGAUUUUGGUAAAUUUAUCAUUCCAACUUGCAAGAGGUGCUGCAUGACGGAAUACACACAACAGAAAGUAGUUUUUAACAAUAAUUGUCGUUCCGGAAUUCCUGGGGAUGUGACUUUGAGAGCAAUGCAAUAAUACUUCAAUUUAUUUCGCUUUACAACA